AUGCUUUCCUGGAAUUACAGCACUCUUGACCACGAGCGAAAGUGGGGUUUCAGUGGUGCACUGAGAGGCGCAAAAGUCCACCAGUCGAAGGAAGGGAACCAGCCAAUUCUAUCAACGUCAGUCGACAGACGGACACAACUCGACCGAAGUUUUGAGGACGACAAUGCGAAGUGGCAGUUCAAUCUACGAUCGUCUGCGAACGGCAAGGCUCUUACUAAAAUGCCAUACGUAGCCAUAUUGAAAUUCGGAUUAUAG